AUGGAAGGGGCCAGCAACAAAUCUCUGGGGGGCUUCAUCCUGCUGGGCAUCUCUGGCCAUCCCCGGCUGGAGAUGCUCUUUUUCGUGGUCAUCCUCUUCUCUUACGUGCUGACCCUGCGUGGGAACUCGGCCAUCAUCCUGCUUUCCCGCCUGGAUGCCCGGCUCCACACACCCAUGUACUUCUUCCUCAGCAACCUCUCUUCCCUGGACCUUGCCUUUACUACUAGCUCAGUCCCCCAAAUGCUGAUGAACUUCUGGGGACCAGACAAGACCAUCAGCUAUGGCGGCUGUGUGACACAGCUCUAUGUUUUCCUUUGGCUAGGGGCUACUGAGUGCAUCCUGCUUGUGGUGAUGGCUUUUGACCGCUAUGUGGCUGUCUGUCGGCCCCUGCACUACACCACCAUCAUGAAUCCUCGGCGCUGCUGGCUGCUGGCUGCUGUGUCCUGGUUGGGUGGCUUGGGCAACUCUGUGAUCCAGUCAACAUUCACUCUUCAGCUUCCAUUUUGCGGGCACCGGAGCGUGGACGGCUUCCUGUGUGAGGUGCCUGCCAUGAUCAAACUGGCCUGUGGAGACACACAUCUCAACGAGGCCGUGCUCAAUGGUGUCUGCACCUUCUUCACUGCCAUCCCACUGAGCAUCAUUGUGAUCUCCUACUGCUACAUCGCGCAGGCCGUGCUGCACAUCCGCUCGGCAGAGGGGCGGCGGAAGGCCUUCAACACAUGCCUCUCCCAUCUGGUGGUGGUGUUUCUCUUCUACGGCUCGGCCAUCUAUGGGUAUCUGCUUCCAGCUAAGAGCAGCAACCAGGACCAGGGCAAGUUCAUUUCCCUCUUCUACUCCGUGGUCACACCCAUGGUGAACCCUCUCAUCUACACGCUAAGGAACAAGGAAGUGAAGGGGGCUCUGAGAAGGCUCCUGAGGGUAGGAAGUGAAGCCAGCUGA